AUGCUGAGUAGUUUUGCUGCCUCCCUAACCCAGUCGGUCAGACCAGUGACUAUUAAGGUUUACCUCAGUGCUAUCAAGAACCUGCACCUGGAGCUCGGUUAUGUCGACCCGACCGAGGGCGCGCACUUCCUCAAGCGAGUGGUACGCGGUAUUUGCCGUUGCCAUGGAGUAGCCGCUGUCCGCCCCCGGCUGCCAAUCACGUUUCCUAUUCUCUGCAGUCUGGUUGACACCUGCCUAGCUGCUCCAGCCAUGUGCCCUCACGACAAGCGCUGCCUGCAUGCCGCUAUGCUUGCCGUGUUCUUUGGUUUCUUCAGAUGCGGUGAACUGCUAGAAGCACCUACCACGCGCGGCUGUUUGACAUUCGAGUCAGGGAUGCUCCAUGUGCACCUACCACGCUCGAAGACAGACCCGUCCGGGGAAGGUACGACGGUGCUGAUCGGGCCAGCGGUGCCGCCAUACUGCGCUGUGAGAGCCAUGCUCACCUACCUCACUGCAACCGCCUCUGCUCGUCCAGGCAGUGCUGUGUUCAUCCUGGCCAACGGGCAACGCCUCAACCGCAGCACUUUUACAGCCCACGUACGCACGCUGCUUAGCACCAGCGGCGUGGCAAACUGGCAGGACUAUGCAGGCCACAGCUUCCGUAUCGGGGCCGCUACCACUGCUGCCCUUGCUGGCGUCCCCGACCACCAGAUCCGCUCCGCGGGACGGUGGCGCAGUGAUGCAUGCCUACGCUACAUCCGGACACCACCGUCAUCGGCCCGAACGCUGGCCAGCAAACUAUCCUCAGUAAGAUCAUCUCCCUGA